CCCCGCUGUGCGUGACAGAAUGAAAACAAGUCGUCGCAAUGUGCUCAAUGUGCUCAGACACGCAGCACCACGCCCCACCAAAUAGAUAGAUGGAUGGCAGACACACAAGACAACAUACAUACGCCCUGUUCGUUUCGGGACUGCUCCAUCCAUUGGAAAGUGUGUUGACUCAGCCAGCCAGCCCUUAGUGUCUCUCCAUCCAUCCAUCCAGGCUCCACCCACCCUCCGUCCGUCCGUCACGCACACCGUCCGUCGUCCCGUCCCACAUACAGUACCUGCCUACGUGUCAACGCACCGGUGUGACUGGCUCAUUCACUUACUGCGCCCCCGACCCCAGUGAGCCGAACCCCGGGGUCGGGUACUCCGUCGUGUGCAGCUCCGUCACAGCCGCCGUCGGGCUCGCACCCGGCCGUCGGGCCUCCAGCCCGCCCCCUCUCACCACCCGCCCCUCGUGGACCACAUCCAUGUCAGGCGAGUCGCCGCCCUCCUGCUUGGCACCAUCGGUGAAGGGAGACGGUGACGGCGGGCCCCGGUGGAUGGUGCUCGACUUGGUGGGCGACGCGAAACGGGUGAAUGUCGUGGUGGUGGUGGUGGCGGCGUUGUGUCGGGGAGGGGAGGAGGAGAGCACGGUGGGGUGGCGCUGCUGGGGAGACGCUGAUGACGCCAGCAGGGGCAGCCGGAGGUUCUGCGCCUGACACACACAUGACAUGCGAACAGAGGAAUAGAGACAGAGACAAACAAACAGACAGACAGACAGACUCUCUUUCUGCUUACGUCGUGCUGCAGGUAGAUGCCUCCAGUGGCCGUAGUCUUCCCAGCGGUGGCCACGUGUGGGAACUGGAAGCUGGAUGUGGUGGUGGUCAUGCCAGGAGCAGCACCAGCCGGCUCAGAUUGCUGUGUGUACGAGUAGGCCGCCGGGUGCUCGGCGAGGUGGCGCUGCCUCCGCCGCUUGUUGACGAUGGUGCGGGCGUUGAUGUUGCCCUUGGCCGCUGCCUCCUCGUAUAGCAGCAGCGCACGAGACACAUCACGACCUGUGCCGAUGCCCUGCAAGCAAUGUGUGUGCACAUGACAUGAUGUGGGGAGAGUGGGUGGUGGAGUGUGUGCCGACCUGACCUACCUGUUCUAGGAGGCGUCCGAGGUUGACGGAUGCAUCGGUGGAGCCGCCGGCCUGGGCCUUCUCGAAACACUCAACGGCACGCACAUAGUCGGGCCGACCUGACGGACGGAUGGGAUACACACACACAGAGAGAGAGGGACCAAUCAGUCCAUUGGGUCGAUUGUGAACUCACCGGCUUCAUCAGCGGCACCCUGCUCAUGACACAGCCCCAGGUUGUUCCACGCCUCAGGGUCGUUACUCUGGCCACACCACACACACCCACACACAUCGACGUCACUCACUGUCUAUCUUGUUGGUUCGGCCCCUCCCUUCCUUCCUUUGCCCACCCACCCACUUACCUGUUGUGCGGCCUUGUUGAAGUGUUCGGUGGCUUUUUUGGGGUUGGCCACGCCCAGCCCAGCGCCGCCGCAGAACAGCAGGUUGCCGAUGCGAGUGUGGGCACGGACGAUGUCCUUCUCCGCCGCACGACUGUACAACGCAUACGCCUGCAACAGGUCUCUCGACACGCCUGCACAGCAGAGAGAGAGAGAGGGGGACGAUGGAAGGGCUCUGUCUUGCUCUCUUGUGGCUGUGGUCUCUCUCUCUCUCUCUGUGUGUGUGUGUGUGUGAGGGGGGGGGGGGGUGUGCCUACCGAUGCCGCACUCGUGCAUCUGAGCCAGGUAGAAGAGCGCCUCCCCGUGUCCCUCAUCUGCCGCCCGCCGCAGCCACUUGGCCGCCUCCACAAAGCGCUGACAGUGAGUGUGAGUGUGGCACACACACAGAUGAUAUGAUGACCUCUCUGUCCUCGUGUGCGUGAAAUAUAACAUUGUGUCAUUACGUCUUUGGAGGCCUGUGCGUUGGUGGCGAGCUUAUAGAGGAGGAUGCCGAGGGCCGCGGAGGCUUUGACGUGACCCCUGCGGGCAGCAGCCUCAUACAGCCUGACCGAUUCAUCCAUCCAUCCAUCGUGUGUGUGCUGUCACGUGCCCCUCCCUCCCUCCCUGCCGGCUCUUUCGCUCGGCUCUUUCGCUCGGUCAGUCGGUCGCUCACUUGGCCGCUGCAUCUGUGUCCUCGGCGUGCACACCCACACCGGUCUCGUAACACACGCCCAGAUUGUGGUGGGCGUUGGCGUGGCCCUGACAUCCAUCCGUCCCACACAGCCAUCCACACAUCCACAUGCAGCCAUCCAUGCAUGCGUGUGUCGUCAACGGGCGAGCUCUUCUUCACCUGUUCAGCGGCGAUUUUGAAAAGCUCUGCUGCCCUUUCCGUGUCGCGGUUGCAGCCCUUGCCCGAGUAGAGCAGCGAUCCCAGGUUGUUGAGGGCACGGGCGUUGCGCUAAAUGAGACACACACACACACACACACACCAUGCAUCUCACGAAUGGAUGGAUGGACAAUGACUACCUGUUCGGCGGCCUUGUUGUACCACUCAUAGGCCUGGUUGAUGGAUUUGAUAACAAAGAAGGAGAGUGAAUGGAUGGAUGGACGGACGGAUGGACGGACGAAUGGACUCGUUGCGUGGUCUUAUGUGCGUGCCUGUGUACCCACCUUCCUGAGGCCCUGUGGGUAGUGGGGGGGCAGACCCAUCUCAUACGUGUAACCCAAAUCCUGUACACACACACACACACACACAUGGAGAUAGAUACGUAUAUUGUGUCGGUUCCCUCCCUCCCUCCCUCCCUCCCUCAGUCAGCACAGCACCACUUGCGCCUCGGCGUGGCCCAUCCUAGCAGCCUGCACCACACAACGGACGCACAUUGGAAUACCCAUCCCCUCCACCCCUCCGUCCAUCCAGUGCGUGUGUGUGGUGGUCAGGUCACCUCACCCGCUCGUACAGCUUGGCGGCAUUCAGGGGGUCCUUCGGGAAAUCGGCAAACCCACGCUGACCCAACCAACCAGCCAACCAGCCAACCAACACCAUGCGCACGUGUCCAUUCAUCGUGUGUGACGUGUGUGUGCUGUGUGGUCUGGUCUGGUCUGGUCCGCUUUGGCGUCCGUCCGGCGCACCUCACCAACCUCUAUGAGUCGUGCAACGCGGUAUAUGGCGUCAGGGCAGUCCAGGUCAGCGGCCUUUUCGUACCAACACCGAGCCUCAAACAUCCCUGUGUGUGGAGAUAUGUAGAUGUGCGUGUAUUGUGUGUGGUGGACAGACAUAUCAUAUUCGUUCCUUUGUGUGCGGUGCGUUAGUUACGCCUCUUCUUGGUGAGCGGGUCGAUUUUGUCCCUGACGGCCUCCUCGACGCGCUUGUCCAUCCUGGCCCUCGGGUCGCCACCCGACCGGGUCAUCCCUUCUCCGGGGAACUGACACACGACACACACACAUGCAUCUCAUGCAUCUCAUUCACCGCACACAGAUCGAUCACCCACCAUGCCCCCCCAAUCCUAUCCUCCAUCGGCCAUCGGUCGCUUGCCUGCCCGCCUGCCUGCCUGCCCGUGUACCUCUCUCUUGGGCGAAGGGCUGAGCAUCAUGUGCACGUCGUUGGUCUGUCCGUCAGGGUCGAGUGACGGCCGCAUGGCGUCGACGAGUCCCUCCUCGAGCAGAGCCCCCGCACAGGUCAUGCCCUCGGGUGACCCACGGCGGGCCGCCAGCACGUACAAAUCGAAGGCCUUCAUGGGGCUGCACGACACACUGUGCCCGUACCUAUGUGGUCGAGCAAAGGAGACAGGCAGCAAGGAUGUUGUGGUGAUAUCUGUGUGUGUGUGUGUGUGUCCUGUGUGCUGUGUGUGCUGUCUGUUUUGUGUGCACCUGAAUUUGUGUCCUUCGAUGCAGAGCAGGGCGACAUCGUCGAGAGGCUCCUGGGGCUCAGACACCACCACCGGCGCCAACACACCUCUGUCACACGAAGAACAUAGACACACAUAGAGAGGCCCCCGACACAAGAGAACACACAAUGAGUAACAAGAGGCAGGCCCCCUCUCCCUCUCCCUCCUGUCUGACCGUCUGCCCAGUUCGGACUCGAGCCGUUUGAUUUUGCGGAGUGCGUCGACGAGGGCCUUGCAGAUGGCAUUGGCGAAGGUCGACAUGAACUUGAGCAGCUCCACCUCAAACCCACAACAGUCACGCAGGUAACGCUGCAACCUGUGCAUGCCAUGCCAUGCCCCAACACAAGAAAGAGGCCAGGCCGUCUCUGUCUGUAGGUGUGGAUGGGGGCAUAGCAUGCCAUGCCAUGCCAUGCGUACCUUGUUUUGCGAUUGCCGGAGCAGACGCCCGCGCAGCAGCCGGCCUGUUCCGCCCGCUUGAGGGCGUCCCUGAGCUGCUUGAUGAGCACGCCCAGGGCCGCCUGCAGCAUGCCCGUCGACUUGGCAAGCUUCUCGGGCAGAUAAUUCACAAACAGGCCGUGGUCUACGCCAUCCAUCGUCUCCUGAAGGAAAGAAAUGACAAAACGGUUGUUAUCAGAGGUGGCAUUCAUUGAAUGCAUGGUGCUGUGUGUUGUGUUGUGUUGUGUUGUGUUGUGUUGUGUUGUGUUGUGUUGUGUUGUGUUGUGUUGUGUUGUGUUGUGGUGCAUAGGGUGGGUAACGACGUACGUUGAUGCAGUUGGUUUCGCAUUGGAUUUGGAACUUGGCGGGGAAGGGGACGUCCGCCUUUGCAAGAAGGGCCGUCAGCUCAGCUGCAGCCGAUGUCAACUGAGCCAACUCCGACAUGAUGAGCCACCUUUUCUC